AUGAAUAAAUCAACUUCUGGAAGCCAUAUAGGCCACAAGGAUGACGUAAAUAUGAAUGAUAUCGGUGUAGGAGAUCUAGAAGAUAAAUAUUCAUCCAUAAAAAAAGAAUUUUCUUCAACAAUUGAAUAUAUUGACAUUCAACGUGAUACCUUUAAAGAUGUCAAGGAAAUUAUACCUCUCACCCCAAAACCUAUCAUCUCCCCUACUUCUCCAAGAUCUGUCUCUCUCGGAAAAAUAAAUCUUUCUUCUUUAAAAGAUGCUUUAAAUCGUCCGAGAAAUUCAAAACAUCUCAAGAAUUUAAGUGAAAUGAACAUUUCUCCUCCUGGUGUAAACGAUCCAAUUCUAUUUGAAUCUAAAGUUGCAAAAUGGUCAUCUUCCUCUACUCUUAAAAAAACUUCAAAUAAAUAUUUUAUUUUAACAAGAAAUUGUUUAUGCGCUUUUAAAACCGCCGAUAAAGCUGCUAAAAUUUUUGAUGGCUUACCUCUUUGUACCUUACCAAGAAAAUUAAGUGCUGAUAGUAGUAAUAGUUCUUUAAAUAGUUCUUCUAUAUCAGAUUCAACUACAAGAACUUUACCUGCUGAAAAUAUUAUUCUUUGUCUACCUACUGUUUUUGCCAUUACCGAACAACUUACUCCUGAACCUCAUAUUAGAAUAUAUUAUAUGUCUUCCUUAAAAAAACAAGUUACUGUCUCUAUAAUUGCUCCUGAUCUUCAAAAACAUCGUCAAUGGCUCACCGUUUUACGUUCCGCUGUUCACAAUUCUAAUCCAAGAGGUCCUUUAUUGACUCAUGAUCAACGAAUUUGGAUAAUGAACAAAUUAAAUUUAUUGGUUGAUUUGGCUGAUGUAAAUGAAAAUAAAUUACUGGCUUAUAGAGUUUUACUUAAAUCUUUAUCCGAUGAAGAUCAAGAUGGUCAAUCCGAAAAAGAUCCUAAAACUCCCGUACUAUUGAUAUUAGGAAAAAAUAAUUUUUAUAUAAUUCCAAGUAAUUUAAAAAAUGAUGGAACUCCAAGUGAGGAUAAUCGUAAAAGUAAUGAUUUUAAGAUCAAUUCUAAAAAAAAUUCUAAUUUAAUAAAAGAAAUAGAUUUCUGGAAAUAUAAAUAUCCUUUAUUAUGUAUCACUGAUAUUCGUUCAAAUAAUCUUGAUGAUACUAUUUUGAUAAAUUUUAAAAAUAAUAUUAAUUCUUCAAAACGUUCUAUCAUUAUUUCUUCAUUAUUAAGUGAAACUAUCACUAAUGAAAUUAAAUCUGUUAUCGAUUCAAUCACUUUUUGGUGGUCAACCCCUUCUUCUAAAUCAAAUCCUUCAACUCCAAUUUCUCCUGAUUCUUCUUUAACUUCUCCAAUUGGAAAAAUUUCUCAAGAGGUUGGUGUAGAAAGAAUGAUCGAAGCUCAAUGUCAUGUAUUAAGCAUCUCUAAAUCUAGAAUAUCCUUUCAAGUCGAAUACGUUCUUGAUUCUGAAAAUGUUCAACUUGGUUUAGAUGUUGAUAAUUUACCAUUUAGAUUCAUAUUACUUCCUCCAAAAGAUGAAAAAAAUGGAAUUUAUACAACAAAUGAAUUAUUGGCCAUAUUUAAUUCAUUAAAAAAUCAUCCAUUACUUUCCGAAGUUAUUUUAAGUAAUAUCAAUCUAUUUGAACUUCAAAUUCAACAAAAUUUUUCAAAUAAUGAAGGUUAUAAUAUGCUUGCAACUGUAUUACAUGAUUUAAUAAUAUCAAGUUCUAGAUUAAAAUCAUUAAACUUAAAAUCAUGUGGGAUCACAAGUGAAACUAUAUCCGCAAUUGGAAAUGCCCUAUUCACCGGAAAGGCUAAAUUGGAACGAUUAAUAUUAGGUGAUAGUUCUAUAUCAAGAGAAAGUGCUCAAAUAUUAGCAAAUGGAAUAAGGAAUCAUACGAUUUCAAUUAAAGAACUUGAUAUUUCAAAUUGUAAAUUAAAUUUUGAUGGUUUAAUAUCAAUACUUCAAGCACUUAGGUCAAAACAACCAAAAGAUCUCGAAUCAUUAAAUAUUUCUCAUAAUUCAUGUGAUAUUGAUGAAAACAUUUUAAUAGAAUUACUUUCAAAAUCUGAAAAUUUACGUUCAUUAUAUUUACGUAAUUGUUUAAAACUUUUUAUUGGAUCAAGAUCAAUAAUUUCAUUAGAAACUUUAAGUGAAACAAGACUCACGACAUUAGAUUUUGGUGGUAUUCCAUUGAACAAUAAAUCACAUUUACUUUCAUUAUACGCAUAUAUUAGAUCUCCUGCAUUUGCUAAAGUUAAAUACUUUAGAAUUGAUCAUUGUAAUUUAGAUGGUGAAGCAUUAGCUUUAAUACUUUCUUAUGUUACCACAUCACCAAAUCAUGAAAAUAUUAAAGUUUGGGCGGGAGGAAAUUUCAUAACGAGAACACCUGCUAGUUGUAAAGAAUUUUGUUAUGCUGUACGUAAUGAUUGGACUCCUGUUUGGUUAUCAUUAGAAAACUCUUUAAUAGGUUCGAAUCCUGAACAAUUGGUUGAAAUUCUAUCAUCAUUUUGUGAAAAUACUGUUAUAAAAUAUUUAGAUUUAUCAAAUCCUCAAUUUAUAUUUAAUGUUAAUGAAACAUUUACUCAAAAUCCUCAAAUGACGAUGACUAUUAAAAAAGCUUGUGAUGUUAUUGGAAGGUUGUUUAGAGUAAACAAAAAUAUUUUCGAUUUAAAUUUAAGUGGUAAUUCAGAUCGAAAAUGGGGUCCCUUUUUAGGUUCGCAAUUAUUGGGAUUAGAGGAGAAUACUCAAUUGGAAAAGUUGAAUAUUGAAGGAAAUAUUAUUGGUGAUCAAGGCAUGAAAUCUUUAAGCGAAGCUUUAAAAGGAAAUGUAUCGCUGAAAAAUUUACAAAUCGACAAAAAUGAGAUCGGGAUUGAAGGAUAUGUGUCCUUACAUCAGGUUUUAAUAUCCCGUCAAAAUACCACACUUCAAAGUCUCGGAUAUCCAUUUAAAGAUCUACAAACUCAUGAUGAAAAUUUGGAUGCUAAAUUACCAAUGUCACCAAUCUCAAAAACGAGUCAAAAAAUUGUUUUAGAAAAACAAAAAGUUAAUUUCAAACAAAUAAUUGACGAAAUUAUGUUUGCCAUUGAAGAAAAUUUGUAUAAAGUGUCAAAGACUGCAAUGCUUAAUAAUACCUUAAAAAAAUGA